AUGCUAGAAACGCUGAAUGACUGGACAAGGUUCAUCGAUAACGGGGAUGGGGUGGACGUGAUUUAUUUCGAUUUCUCUAAGGCCUUUGACAAAGUGUCACAUAUGAGGCUUGGUAAGACUUUUUCAAAUGUCAGAGCAGCAUCCAGUGGAGUUCCCCAGGGCUGCGUCCUGUCACCGAUAUUGUACAAUAUUUAUACAUACGAACUUCCUAGACUAGUUGAGAAUGCAGCAGUCCACUGCAAGGUGUUUGCCGAUGACAUGAAAAUUUAUAGGUCCGUUUCAGAUGCGAGUGAUUCGAACAUCAUCCAAAAUGCUAUUGAUGUAGUCAGCGCGUGGUCCAAGCGGGGAGAGAAGAAUAAGCUCGUAGUUCCCAGGUCCAAAACAAGGGUGAGGACUAAAUUUUUCGCAAUAAGGGCAGCCACUCAGUUUUCCAAAUUGAUGAAAUCAUCCACGCUACCGAAAAAUAUUGCUCAGUUCAAAAAUCUCUUGCACCAUCAUUUCAAGUGA